AUGUUGCGCAUUCGGAAAGCGUCGGGUGAAGAAGUUAUCGCUCGGCCGCUGGACAACUUUGUGGAGACAUGCUUGCAGCAAGCUGACGUUGAAAGUCCCACGAUUCGAGCAUUAAAGCGGUACCUGCAAACCCUCUGUGGACUUCCAAGAUUCCGGCAACGGCUCGUACUUUCGGACGGCACUCUACUUGAAGAUAAUGAGGCGCUGGCCGCUACCGAGGCGCAGCUCGUUCUUCUGGCUUUCUGCCAAACUACCGAAGCAGAAGAGGCUGCACUCAAGCAUGCAGCAGCAAAGGGCAAGGCUGAAACGGUAGAGAAUCUUCUCCAAAGGCCCCAGGAUCCAGAUUUGGGCUAUCCGCGACCUUUGUGGCUCGCAUGUGGUUUUGGCCACCUGGAAGCCGCUCGACUGUUGCUGGAAGCUGAGGCUGACACAAGCGAGGCCGACACGGGUGGCGCGACCCCGCUCUCUCUCGCAUGUCAGAGUGGCCACUCAGAGGUCGUACGACUCUUGUUCCAGGCCAGAGCCACAUCGUCGGCCAACAAUAACAAUGUGACUCCGCUGCUCUACGCUUGCCAGGACGGCCACACCGAGGUUGUAAGCUUGUUGUUGGAGGCCAGAGUGGACACUGACCAAGCCACAAAUGUUGGCCACACCCCAUUGUUCAUGGCUUGCCAGAACGGCUACGCGGAGGUCGUGCGCCUCCUGCUAGCAGCCGGUGCAGACGCGGGCAAGGCCAGCAACAAACAGGUGACACCAUUGCUCAUUGCGUCUCAAAGUGGCCACUUGGAGGCUGCGCGUCUUCUGUUGGAAGCUCGUGUUGAUCCGGGCAAGGCCGACCAUAACGAUGUGACACCCUUGCUGCUUGCCAGCCAGGACGGACAUGUAGAGAUGGCAGAGCUCUUACUUUCGGCAAGGGCCGAUGUGGGCAAGGCCGAAAUCCAUGGAGAAACCCCGCUGCUCUUGGCUUGCUUACACGGCCGCUUGGCCAUUGCAGGCCUCCUGCUCGAGGCCAGGGCUGAUGUCGACAAGGCCCGAGACGAUGGCGCGACCCCGUUGAUGCUCGCGUGCCAGAAGGGCCACUUGGAGGUGGUGCGACGGUUGCUUGAGUGCAGGGUGGACCCGGGAAAGUCCGGGAGAAACGGGGUGACCCCUAUGUGGUUUGCAGAUCGGACCGGCAACUCGGAGUUGAUCCGCCUCUUGCGGGAGGCAAGUUCUGACAGCAGAGUUCCAUCGGCGAAGAGAGCUAGGCUCGGUAACUAG